GCAGCCUGUGAACGCCGCAGUGCAUGCUACCGCUCAGCCUGUUCUCUGCUCGCCUUUCUUCCACAGCAGCGACGACACGGAGGAAAACAGACUGUGAUUUUUAGCCCAAACACAGGAGGUCACGCCGCGUCCCGAAACCCUUGCUUGCUCCCCUCCUGUCUGCCCACAGUGCUGUGUGUGGUGUAAAUAGGACAAAAUUCUGAAGAUAAAGUUGCUGGUUUCAUCGCUGAGGCUUCACUGGAACGGUUCUUCCAGUCACAGACUUUCUGCAGUCAAAGGUGCAGCGGGGGCAAGGCAGCUCGCGGGUCAAAACAAACCUGACGCCAUGGAAAUGGAUGAGGAAGAAAACAUGAGUUCAAGCAGCACAGACGUUAAGGAAAACCGAAACCUGGACAACGUGUCCUGCAAAGACGGGACGGGAGUCGGUGAUCAGCUCCCCAAUGGAAGUGGCCAUGGCAGUCGAAAGCGCCCCUUAGAGGAGGGUAACAAUGGCCACGCGCAUUCCAAGUUCCGGGCCAAGAAGCGCAAGAAAACACCUGGGCCGGUGCUGCCCAAGAAUGCUCUGAUGCAGCUGAAUGAGAUCAAACCAGGUCUGCAGUACAAACUGCUGUCUCAGACUGGGCCGGUCCAUGCACCAGUGUUUGUCAUGACUGUGGAGGUCAAUGGGCAGAUGUUUGAGGGCAUGGGUCCGACCAAGAAGAAGGCUAAACUGAACGCAGCUGAGAAAGCGCUGCGCUCUUUUGUUCAGUUCCCCAAUGCAUCAGAGGCUCACCUGGCCAUGGGCCGUACACUGACUGUGAAUACGGACUUUACAUCAGAUCAAGCGGACUUCCCUGACAUGCUCUUCAACGGCUUUGAGACACCAGCUGCACCUGAAGAAUCCUACUAUCUAGGUUCUAACGGUACAAACUCACUAGGGGAGUAUCCGUUACCCACACCACCUGGCAGCAACCUUGUCCAGGCUCCAUUGCCCCCUCCAUCUGUAUUCAGCUCACCCUCCACUGGCAAAAACCCAGUCAUGAUCCUCAAUGAGCUCAGGCCAGGCCUCAAAUACGACUUUGUCUCAGAGAGCGGUGAGAGUCAUGCCAAGAAUUUUGUGAUGUCAGUAACUGUGGACUCACAGACGUUUGAAGGCUCAGGGCGCAACAAAAAGCUGGCUAAAGCCCGGGCAGCACAGGCUGCCCUCUCUGCUCUCUUCAACAUGCAACUAGACCAGACACCAUCCAGGCAACCCAUACCAAGAGAGGGGUUGCAGCUUCACCUUCCCCAGGUUCUGGCUGACGCCGUCUCUCGCCUGGUGGUGGAUAAGUUCAGUGAGCUGACAGACAACUUCACCUCCCCCCAUGCACGACGAAAAGUCCUGGCAGGAGUUGUCAUGACAACAGGGACCGAUGUGAAGGAAGCACAGGUCAUCUGUGUCUCCACGGGAACAAAGUGCAUCAACGGUGAGUACAUGAGCGACCGUGGCCUGGCACUCAACGACUGCCAUGCUGAGAUAAUUGCCCGGCGCUCGCUCAUCAGGUACCUCUACACCCAGCUGGAGUUCUUCCUCAGCAACAUCAAGGAGGACUAUCACAAGUCGAUAUUUGUGCCAUGUGACAAGGGAGGCUACAAAUUAAAGGACAACGUUCAGUUCCACCUUUACAUCAGUACCUCACCUUGCGGAGAUGCCAGGAUUUUCUCUCCUCAUGAAGCUGGAGUGGAAGAUCAGGGGGACCGACACCCAAACCGCAAAGCAAGAGGCCAGUUGAGAACCAAAAUUGAGUCAGGGGAAGGCACCAUUCCUGUACGAUCCAGCAACACCAUCCAGACCUGGGAUGGUGUGCUUCAAGGAGAGAGGUUGCUCACCAUGUCAUGUAGUGACAAGAUUGCAAGGUGGAAUGUGGUGGGCAUCCAGGGCUCUUUAAUGAGCUACUUCACUGAGCCCAUCUACUUCUCCAGCAUCAUCCUCGGCAGCCUUUACCAUGCCGACCACCUCUCCAGGGCCAUGUACCAGCGCAUUGCAGAUAUCGAGGACCUGCCCCAGCAGUUCACCCUCAACAGGCCUCUACUCAGCGGUAUAAGCAACGCUGAGGCCAGGCAGCCGGGCAAGGCACCAAACUUUAGCGUGAACUGGACAGUUGGCGAUCAGGCCCUGGAGGUGAUCAACGCGACCACGGGGAAGGAUGAUAUGGGCCGCCCUUCAAGACUCUGCAAACACACCCUCUACAGCCGCUGGGUGCGCCUCCACUCCAAGCUGUCAUCCAUCCUGCGGAUCAAAGUGCCCAAGCCCAGCUCGUACCAUGAGGCCAAGCAGGCGGCCAUGGAGUACCAUUCUGCUAAAAAGGCUCUCAUCAAGGCCUUCCACAAGGCUGGCUUGGGGGCCUGGGUCAAAAAGCCCAUCGAACAAGACCAGUUCACCCUCAGCUCCUGAUUGAGUCCGGGACCAAAUGGGGGUGGGGUUCCCGAUGCACCAGCUCCUCCCUCCCUCCCUGACCCAGACCGGAGAGCUUAGAGAGCCCCUCAUUAACAACCAGGCAUUUAUUUCCAUCCCCAUGUGUCAGCUACCAUGUGCACCUUUCACCUGCAUGGUUUCACAAGCUGUCCAUAGAUCAUCAUUCCUCAGAGGACCCCCGCCUCAUCUUGUUCCUCAUCUUUGAUUUUAAGCCUAUAAUUUUGAUUUUACUUGUUUUCUGUUUUUAAACUGGAACCAUUGUCAUUCUUUUUUUAAUCACAUAGUGGUUUGUUUUCAAAACAAAAAUUAUGUACCUUAUUCUGUAGAUGUGGCGAUUAUUCAGUUUUUGUCUUUUUGCAAAAUGAGUGUAGCCAUUUUUAGGGUGAAAUGUAGCAUAGGAGAAAGGUUGUUUUGGUUGUUGACUAAAACCAAUGUGUAUGGACCUAAAAAUGUGUACUUGCUAAAAUUUAAAAAAGUUGAUCUUUAAUUUAAUGAUUCAUAAAUCCUCAAGGUGUAAAUCUAGUUCAGAAAAGUGAAAAUAAUGUAGGUAAAACAUAUGUGUGUUAUUCUGACGCAUUCUUAGCCCCUUUUAUUAAAGGUUAAAAAUGUUGUAAAACAGUGUCGCCCUGUUUGAUUGAUUGAUAAAAAAGAUUCAGGACAGUGUGACCAACACUCAUGUUCAUUUUUAUCAUUUUUAUUAUUUUAUUUAUUCAUUCAUUUGUCCUCUAAGGUAUUUCCUGUCAGUGUCACUUCAUACUUGAACUUCCGGGUGGGUCAUGGUGGACUCCUCCCCCUCGCCUGGGUCCCGGGACGAAGCUUUAGGAGGCGCUGCACGUAUUUGUUCUCCUUGAUUUAUUUAUUUUUUUCUUUUUGGAAUCCAUGGCUUUGCAUGGGAACUGAACUGAGAGGCUUGCAGAGCAGAAAACAAGCGCCAGGGAACUAUGCGUCUAUCAUUUUGAAUGAAUGCCAGCAACUUUCUCCACAGGCAGCUUUGAAUCUUUGUCUCAAUUUUCUAAAUUUCUUGUGAUUAAUUGACUGAUUUUGAGGGUUUAAGAGAGGAGGCUUUUUUUGUUUGUUUGUUCACUUUCUGUGUUCCCCGAUCAAAAGAGGAUUGUUGGGGAUGAAACUGCUGAGUACAGUGACAGUACUACAAACUUCUCAGACCUUGUAUUUAGACCACGGAGACCCAUGACAGCUGUCAAAUCCUAUAAUAGUAGAUGUCCUGUAGCACACGUAUGGUACAGUAUAUAAAGCUAGAUUCAAGAUAUGCCACAUUAAGCCCAUCUGUGGUGGCUGUGAUGCAAACAUGUCGCAAUCUCCACACCAUUGUCCUUGGAAGCACCUUCACAGUCCGUGCAUGAACAGACUCAGAAGCUGUCUGCUGAAACCUGAUGCCAGUAGUUUCCAACCAAAUGUACAGUUUCACUGUUUGAUGUUCAGCCUCCUGUAUUAACACCCCUAUGUGUAUUAACUCCAGUUCACCGUGAGUCAGUAUCUCCCAGGUUUUAAACUGGUCAAUGAAGAUGCAUUUCUAAGAAACUUCAGUCAAUUCCUGUUUCCAGCUGUAGGAACAAAUGUGUUUAAGUGUGAAAUUUGUGUGUGCUCAGGUGUCUUUCAGCAUACUCAGUUAAAUUUUCACCAAAGAUGUAGAUUUUCACGUGUUCCUCCCCAGUGUUUUCUUGAUAACACCUGUUUUCUAAUAGCUUGACAUUAUUUUGCCAUCAGCCCUUUACUGGCAGUUUAUUUUUGUAACUUUGCACAAUGUACUUGUGUUUUGUGCAAAAAAACAGACAGUAUGUUCCAUAUUGGGCAGAAAAGUCAGGCUUCUUUAGUGCAAAUGUAGCUGUCGGCAACCAACGUGCAUUUUGUGGGCUGCAAUCAUAACUGUUGCAAUUUACUUGUCAUCUAUAUAUAUAUAAUAUAUAUAUAUAUAUAUACACAUAUAUAUAUAUAUAUAUAUAUAUAUAUAUAUAUAUGUAUAUAUAUAUAUAUAUAUAUAUAUAUAUAUGAACAACAAAUGUGGCAAAUGUUCCCGCUGUUGAAACCUAUUGAAUCUUUCCUUUGUCAGUGGGAAUAUGAAGAUGUUACAGUUCCUAUAUGUGAGUUUGUGACUAACUGGCUGCAGUCGCUGUACAGCAUAGCACCAACACUUCCAGAGUCAACAUGAUUCAUCCCCAUUGUAGCAAGACAAAUACAGCAGGAAGAAAAAAGCAGCACUGUUACAUUUCUCCUCAACCAGCUGGCACUUGUGAUGUCAUUUACAGUUGUUCAAUUCUGCUUGAUUGCAUUUAUUUUUUGAGCAAUUAUUAGAAAAACAGAGCUGUGUUUGAAAUGUUCACUUAGUCAGUCUCUUUAUUGUGUUAACUAUAUAUUAUUUAAUAACAUUGUUUGUGUGUGUGUGUGUGUAUAUAUAUAUAUAUAUAUAUAUACACACACACACACACACACACACACAUAAAUAAAUGAAAGGUGGACAGGUGUAGCCAGGCUUUUUUGCAUUGCAUACACAAAAUUUCGUUGUAAUUUGAGAGCGUGUGCGUUCCGUUUUAUGUAUUGCAUAAACAAACACCAGCGGCAGACAUCGCAAUAUAACCCUAACUGAUUUAGGGGUUGUUUUGGCUGGAAACAUUAUAAAAACUUCAUCUUCUUAAUAGUUGCAUUGAAUCUUAUGUCACCAAUAACAUUUCUCGUUAUGUCAGAAACAUCACAAAGCUGUGGACAAAGCAUUAGUAUGCUGACAUUUUGUCUGAAAUGUAGUAGAAACUAUUUCUACCAUUGAAUCAGACAUUUUAUAUGUCUCUUUACAUGUAGGGAAAGGGAGGUGACUGUUAAUUAGCUGUGGAUGUUAACGGUAGCGUGCUAAAAUUUGCAUCACCAUAAGUUAACUUAAAUCUAAAUAUAUUAGGACCAAUGUAGAUUCACUACUUGUACUGUAUGCAAUCAAAUUUUAAGUGCACUAUAAAGUAGAUGUGAAGUUGUAGUAAAUUAGCUGUGGAUAUUAGCAUAUGUGGAAUAUUGUAAAGUUUUGAAAAUUUGAAGACAUUUUUGUUACAAAACCCUUCAUGUUGGAAGUGGUCGAAUGCUGUGGAAAUACAGACCUUAACAUGAACUUUUCAAUGAAAAGGGAAAAUCUGUUAUUUGCAAAUGCAACUCCUAACUCUGUGUUCUUAGCAUGCUAAUGCUAACAUUAGCAAUAUGCUAUCCUACAUUAGUGUUCUUGGUUAGCUUAGACACAGUACUUUGUGACUAAUGUAAUGUAGCUACACCACUUUUAUUGCAUCACCUGAACUAUAUUUAACACCAACAUUAAAAUGCUAUAGAGAAAAUACACCUCUAUUUUCUUAUAAACAACCCACUGCAGCAUCGGGUCAGCGGCUGACUCAAAGGCAUGGGGCCCAGCAAUGCUAUUUUUUAAGUUGUUUAAAAGAUUGAUGUAGUGAGCAUUUUUCAGUAUAAUAAAUCUCAUAGCAAGUAAUUUCUAAUGUAAUGACUACAUUUGCAUUUGGUCUAUGUCACCUGCUGGCAUAAAUAGAUAACUCCAUUUGGCUACAAUACACAGAAAUAGCUAUGCAGUGUGACAUGUAUGUGUGGAUUCAACAUGCUGCAACAUGUAUUCCAGGUGCUCGUUUCCCUCUAUGCCCCUACCAUCUUUGUUUUGAACAAUAACUGUUAGCUCUAUCUGCUACUUUGGUGGCAAGUUUUCAGUACACCUUAAAGUAGAUGUAAAGUUAUUGAAUUAUCUGCAUUUCUGAAUGCAAGUGGACUGUUAUGAGGUUUGACAAUUUAAAGAUCUUUUUGGCACAUAUUUAUUCAGAUUAGUUGUGAAACAUGUUUUGCAGCUGUUGGAGUCCCAUGUUCAUCAAGUUGAGUUUAUGAGCAUGGAACUUGAUUUGCUCGCCCAAUAACCAAUGAAGAUAAGCACCAGCUGCCCCCUGGUGUAUAUGAUGGAUGAAUGGAUAUUAAUUAAUGUGGACCUUAGCAUGCUAAUGUUAGCAUCAGUAUGCUAAUACUUGCACCGAAAUAAUACAACUCUCAUCCAGGCUGCAGAGCAUGAUGGUCUAUUAGGAAUAUUGCCGUGUUCCACCUCUGUACACUACUUUUCUAAGCCAGGUGACAGAUUUCUUGUGCACUUUAUAAUGGAUGUUAGCUUGCUAAAUUUAGCAGUAGCAGUCUUUGUCCACUUAGACUGUAGGGUACAGGGGUAUUGUUUGGAAAAAACAGUGUAUUACCUCUGUUCACUAUUUUUAUUGUACCACCUGAGAACGUUUUAGUGCACUAAGUAGUGGAUGUAAAGUUAUCACUAAUCAGCUCUUUUAAAGGUUGUGCUAGAAUCCUAAUGUUAGCGUUAGCAUGCUCUACUAGCUUAGUUUUCAUUUAAUUAUGGUCUAAUUUGAUGACACUGUGUACCACCUCUGUACACUAUUUUUACUGUACUAGAUGACAGAUUUUUAGUGCACUAUAUGAUGAAAAAUUCUAUUAAUAAGUUGUGAAUGUUAGAAUGUUAAUGUUAGCCUUAAUUUGCUUUUUCAGCUCAAGUUGUAGGGCAUUGUGGUCUGUUUUGAGCAAAGCAAUGCACUGUAUAGUGGACUAAAGUAAACAGUAGAAAUUGUGUACAGUAUACAGUGAGCUAAUGGUGAAUAAGUGAACAAUUUGAACACAGCUUUGAAGUUAGCUUUAUAGUAAAAACCAAGAAGUCACAUAAAGUGGUCACCUACGAUUUUACCCUUACCACAAUCUCAGCCAGAAGGCGUGCUCCAUAUGCAAGUCUGACAGAUGUUUCUCUUCCCCUCUGUUUUUCCCAGUUGUUCUGUUAAUAUUUUCAUUUUGUCUUUUUACAAAGCUGUCUGAGGAUUUUUUUUUUUUUUUUGCUAUAUGCCCCAUUAAGAUUGCCUGCUUCUAGAGUUUAGUUUUUCGACUGCACUAAAGAUGUCAACUGAUGAUGUCAUGAUUAAAAAAAAAAGUCUCCAUUUACGGUUUGGAUGGAUUCAACGACUGGAGCAAGAACUGAACUCCUGCUUAACCCCUGCAAAUCCCUGAAGACGGUCAGUGCAACCCUUCCCUUUCUUGGUGGGGUUAUGUUAUUUUGGUUUUGUUCAGUGAGCCCACAUUUGGAGGCUUUUGCUGUUUCUGGGUCCAGUUGUCCAGUUGUGUGAAAUCCUCCUCCAACUCAAACCACAACCUUGCAUGUACUACCAACACUGAAGCUGCACCUAGCAUGAUGACAAACUUUUAAGGACAAUGUAGAAAAAAAACAGCUAUAGAUAGUUAUAUGAAAUCAAGAAAAAAAAAAGAAUAAAGGAGUUCUUAGUUUA